AUGGGAAAUCGUGGGCAAAAACGAGCAGAGAUGGUUGACGAAUUGCCAGCUGAUAAGAGAGCUUGUAGUUCGUUGGAGUAUAGGCCAAGUUCAUCGAACUCAUUGAUUCAAACUCAAAUAAAUUCUGAGACUCGUAAUGCUGAAAUCCAUGACGCCGACAUGGAUACUUCAUCAUCUGGUUCGGCCUCAAGCCAUUCAGAUGAGGAAGAACCUGAGAGGGAUUCAGCUUAUGGCUCUUGUGAUUCUGAGGGUCCAAGACAUAGCAGUUUGCGUGAGUAUCAGAGGCAGAGAUCCUCUGGUGAUCAUAGCAGAUUGAGGGGUUGUUUAUCUAAUUUAAGUGAAGGGACUGAGCCUUCUGGGCAGUUAGCUGCACUUACGGAGUUAUGUGAAGUGCUUUCAUUUUGUACAGAGGAUUCACUUUCUAGUACAAUGGCAGACUCGUUAUCUCCAGUUCUUGUUAUGCUUUCAAGGCAUGAGAGUAACCCAGAUAUAAUGCUAUUGGCUAUAAGGGCCUUGACUUAUCUGUGCGAUGUGUUUCCCCGAGCAUCCAUUUUUCUUGUUAGGCAUGAUGCAAUUCCUGCUAUUUGUCAAAGAUUAAUGGCCAUUGAAUACUUGGAUGUAGCUGAACAGUGUUUGCAAGCAUUGGAGAAAAUUUCUCGUGAUCAACCACUUCCAUGUUUACAAUCUGGGGCAAUAAUGGCAGUUCUAAGUUUUAUAGACUUCUUCUCUACAAGUGUACAAAGAGUUGCACUUUCAACUGUGGUGAACAUAUGCAAGAAGCUGCCAUCAGAAAAUUUUUCACCUUUCAUGGAGGCUGUUCCGAUAUUAUGCAAUCUUCUGCAAUAUGAGGAUCGACAGCUUGUCGAAAAUGUAGCUAUUUGCUUGAUCAAAAUAGCAGAACGAGUCAGUCAGUCGUCAGAGAUGCUGGAUGAACUUUGCAAGCAUGGACUAAUUAAUCAAGCAACUCAUCUAGUGCAAUUGAACAGCCGAACAACUCUAUCUCAGCCGAUAUACAAUGGUUUGAUUGGGCUUCUGGUCAAACUUUCUUCUGGUUCAAUUGUCGCUUUCAGGACCCUGUAUGAGCUGAAUAUAAGCAGCAUUUUGAAGGACAUAUUAGCUACUUAUGACCUCUCGCAUGGAAUGUCUUCUCCUCACGUGGUUGAUGGGCAGGGUAACCAGGUGCAUGAAGUGCUAAAGUUGCUAAAUGAGCUUCUCCCUACUGUAGCAAGAGAUCAAGAUUUUGAACAACUUGUGUUGGAUAAAGAGACAUUUUUGGCUAAUCACUCUGAUCUCUUGCGGAAGUUUGGAUUGGAUAUAAUUCCUUCGUUGAUUCAGGUUGUUAAUUCUGGCGCAAAUCUAUAUGUUUGCUAUGGCUGCUUGCUUGUUAUCAACAAGUUAGUUUAUCUCAGCAAAUCUGACAUGCUUCUUGAAUUGCUUAACAAUGCAAACCUUCCAAGUUUUUUGGCUGGAGUCCUUACUCGUAAGGAUCACCAUGUGCUGAUGUUAGCCCUUCAAAUUGCUGAGACAAUUCUCCAAAAGCUUCCAGAUGUUUUUGUGAACUCUUUCAUCAAGGAAGGUGUAUUUUUUGCCAUUGAUGCCCUUCUCAUGCCAGAAAAAUGUUCGCAAUUGAUGUUCCCAGUGUGCAAUGGCAUCCAGCUGCCAUUUGAUUCUAGUCAAAAGUCUUCGUCAAAAGUAGUCAUGAGAUGUUUAUGUUAUGCUUUUGAUACUGGUCAGUCUCUUUCAGCCACAGAAUCAGGAACAUGCAAGCUUGAAAAGGACAGUGUUCAAAAUCUUGCAAAGCAUAUCAGAACUAGUUACUUUGCUUCAGAACUAUGUGACUCUGAGAAAGGAUUGACAGAUAUUCUUCAAAAGCUUAGAGCUCUUUCUGAUGAAUUGAGUGAUUUGAUGAAUAUGCCUCACAACAUUGACUCUUGCACCAAGGAUGAAGAGAAGUUUUAUUGUGUAUUGCGUCAAAUCAUGGAAAAGCUUGUUGGAAGAGAACCUGUGUCUACUUUUGAAUUUAUUGAAAGUGGGAUUGUGAAGAUAUUAGUGAAUUACUUAUCCAAUGGCAAAUAUCUGAGAGAAAAGUUGGAGCCUGAAGGUACAUUGGACGAUUGCGACAUUGUAGAGAAAAGAUUUGAGGUGUUUGCAAGGCUGCUUUUAUCUUCUUCAGACCUAUCCGAAGAGUCUCCUUUAUCAGUUUUGAUACAGAAAUUGCAAUGUGCACUAUCUUCUCUGGAAAAUUUCCCUGUUAUUUUGAGCCAUGCCUCGAAGCAAAGAUCCUCAUUUGCAAUCAUUCCUACUGGACGUUGCACAUCUUAUCCAUGCCUAAGAGUUCAUUUCGUUAGGGGAGAGGGUGAGACAUGCCUCUGCAACUACUCUGAAGAUGUUGUGACAGUAGAUCCUCUUUCUUCUGUGGAUGCAAUUGAAGGGUUUUUAUCGCCUAAAGUUAGAAUAAAAGGAACUGAGCAAAUAGAAUCAGCUGCUCAAGCUAUGGAAGAUCUGGAAGAUGUGGAGCCAGCAGAAAAUGUACAGUUCAAAUCAGCAUCAACUGCAAACUCCAGUCAAGGGGAAAGUUCAGGACUUAUGGAGCCUGAUAGCAUUGCUACUGAUUUACCUGUAAUGCAGGAAGAUGAAGCUAACCUAUCACAGUCUCCACCAGAACCAGAUGUAAAUUUGAUACAGAGAAAUCCUGAUGAAACAACAUCUUCAAAUAACACUCUUAAUGUCUCAGCAGAGGAUAUAGUGCAGUCUCCUUCUUGUGCUGAUGUCACUACAAAAAGUCAUUGUCCUGCAUCCUGUAGCGUUGGAGAUGCCCUGCCAAAACUGGUAUUUUACCUGGAAGGGCAGCAGCUGGACCGAACUUUGACUCUUUACCAGGCAAUUCUCCAGCAAAAAGUUAAAGCAGACCAUGAAAUUAACAGCACCGCAAAGCUGUGGACUCAAGUACACACCUUGACUUAUGGAAUAGAUGUGGACCCUAAAGAUGAUGAUCCUCACAAUCAUCCUAGUUUGGCUCAUAAUUCCUCUAUGUUAGAUAAAGUUGGGGCUUAUAUGCAGCAUCCUGCGUUUUUCUCAAGCUUGUUUAAUUGUGAACUCACUUCUGACCUGGAUAAGUCUAGUCCUACUAAAGAUAUAUUGUUUCUGCUUAAAAGCUUAGAAGGUUUAAACAGGUUUACAUUUCAUCUGAUGUCUCAUGAAAGAAUCCAUGCAUUUGCUCAAGGGCUGAUUGAUAAUUUGGGUAAUUUAAAGGUAGCAGUUUGCCCAGUGUCACAUAAUGAAUUUGUGAGCAGUAAGUUGACAGAGAAAUUGGAGCAACAGAUGCGGGAUUCUCUGGCUGUGUCCAUAGGUGGCAUGCCUGCAUGGUGCAAUCAGCUCAUGGAUUCAUGCUCCUUUUUGUUUAGCUUUGAGGCUAGAUGUAAAUAUUUCCGGUUGUCAGCAUUUGGCCGUCAGCAAGUUCAACCACAACCAUCAUCACAUAAUAACUCAGGUGUCUCAAGGGACAGGCUACCAAGUGCUGGCAGUUUGUCCCGUAAGAAAUUCCUAGUUUUGCGUGACCAAGUUCUUGAGUCUGCUGCCCAGAUGAUGGACAGUUAUGCUCAAGUUAAAGUACCUAUUGAAGUGAUAUAUAAUGAAGAAGUCGGUACUGGCCUUGGUCCAACAUUGGAAUUUUAUACUCUGGUUAGUCAUGAGUUUCAGAAGUCUGGCCUUGGCAUGUGGAGGCAGGAUCAUGUUUCAUUUAUCACCAGUGAGAGCUUGCAGGCUGAGUACUCUAGCAUUGUGAAGUCUCCAUUUGGACUUUUUCCUCGCCCAUGGUCAUCUACAGUGGAUGCAUCUGAUGGGGUACAGUUUUCUGAAGUUAUUAAAAAGUUUUUCCUUAUGGGACAAAUUGUAGCGAAGGCUCUUCAAGAUGGGAGGGUGCUGGAUCUACCAUUCUCCAAAGCCUUCUAUAAGCUUAUUCUUCAGCAGGAACUUAAUUUGUAUGACAUCCAGUCGUUUGAUCCUGAGCUUGGUAGGACAUUACUGGAGUUCCAGGCUCUUGUCAAUAGGAAAAAUAAUAUGGGAUCAGCCUUUGGAGAAAACUCAUCUUCUACUAUAGAUGCAUGCUUUUGGAACACCAGAAUCGAGGAUCUCUAUCUUGACUUUACUCUUCCUGGGUAUCCUGAUUAUGUUCUUAGUUUUGAUGAAGAUCACAAAAUUGUGAAUAUGGGUAACUUGGAUGCGUAUGUUUCUCGCGUUGUAGAUGGUACUAUACACACAGGAAUUUCCAGACAAGUUGAAGCAUUCAAGUCUGGAUUUAACCAGGUUUUUCCUAUUAAACAUCUUAUGAUUUUCACCGAGGAGGAACUUGAGCGUUUGCUAUGUGGAGAACGUGAUUUUUGGGCUUUCAAUGAGCUUUUGGAUCAUAUCAAGUUUGAUCAUGGAUACACCGCCAGCAGUCCUCCUGUUGUUAAUUUACUGGAAAUCAUAAAAGAAUUUGGAUACGAACAACGACGAUCGUUUCUACAGUUUGUGACUGGCGCACCUCGGCUACCUACAGGAGGCUUGGCAUCUCUGAAUCCAAAAUUGACCAUUGUCCGGAAGCAUUGUAGCAACUGUGCAGAUGUGGACCUUCCCAGUGUGAUGACUUGUGCCAAUUAUCUGAAGUUGCCACCUUACUCGUCGAAAGAUAAGAUGAAAGAGAAACUUUUGUAUGCCAUAACAGAGGGUCAAGGCUCAUUCCACCUUUCGUAG